GCACCAAAGGAGGAGCAGGAUCACUCGGUGCUGCAGCAGCCCAUCACCCUGGGCGUGCAGGGCGUGCGCCAGAUCGUCCAGUGCAUGAGCAGCGGCAGCCGGGAAGUGAAGGACGUGCUACUCAACGAGUGUAGCGUGCUGUUUGAGUGCAAGGUGUGCCGCAGCCUGUUUCGCAGCCUUGCCAACCUGCUGGCCCAUAAACGCGUCUACUGCACCCGACACCUGUGCGAGGCGAUGCCGCUGUGCGCGCUUUCGGCGCCAUCGGAAGAUCCGACCACCGGCGGCGAAUUGCAGCUGACGGCCAUUGCAGGGAACACGAACGCCGUGUACCAGCGGGUGGCCCGCGAGCAGCAGGACAAAGGACCCUCUUCGAGCCAGGCGACCUCGUCGCGGACGAGCUACCUAUCGGCGCGCAGCGACUGUGACCUUACUCGGCUGGCGUGUCUCAACUGUGACACAACGUACACGUCGGUCAAGACGCUCUACCUGCACAUGGUGUCCCUGCAUUCGACCACGCGCCGCUACUACCCGUGCCCAUUGUGCCGCGCCAGCUUUGUGCAAAUGUGGGGCGUCACACGCCACCUGGUGAGUGUGCAUGGCCAGACCAAGGAACAGAUCGUGCAGUUGCGCGACAGCAUCCGCGGUGGCGUCCAGUUGCGCAAGAGCCGACUGCAACACAUGGUCGACUGCCUGCUGCGCAACAACGGCACCGCCGCCGCGCUGUGCAGCCGCUGCGGCCGGCCGGCCACCGGCUGCCCCCACCGGACGUCGGCGGGCAAGAAGGCCCGCCGCAAAGGCGUGCCGCGGCGCAGGCCGCCGUCAACUCCAGACAGGACUUCCGACAGAACAGUGCAGCCGCAGCAGCAGCAGCGCAGUAGUGCCAACAAGCGCGUCUCGCCGGCCAUGGAGCGCAAGAUUCUGGCCAUCAUAGACUACGACCGGCUGGCGUGCCUGCGCUGCGAGCGGCUCUUCUCCAGCUUCUCGAGCCUGCGACGGCACGCAGCUGUGCACCUGGGCUACAGUCGGUACCAGUGCACUCGCUGCAGCUACCAGUCUUACAAUCGCGCAGACUGCCGCAGCCACGUGCAGCGCGUACACGCAGACGCGGCGCACGAUGCGGAACGCAUGAUUGUGCACGUGCCGGGUGAAGAGGAAGGCGGCCACCCGAUGGCUACGCGCUUCCCGCGCCUCGACUCGCUGUCCACGCUCGUCACGCGCUCGGGUGCGUACCCCAAGAGGCCACCGCCCCUGGGGCCUCAGAAGUAGCUUGCUUCGCUCUUAGCUGCCCGUGAAAUGUUUGUGCUGCUGGAUGCAGAGUGUUGGCGAAGCAGGUGGACAGGUUGCGCUUCAGAAAGUCCCGGUGAUCGCAGUCGUGCGCAACACUGUGAGGCCGCGUUGCACUUGGCUCGACUACAUGCACAGGCAGGCAUAAUUCUGCGUCGGACAGUCACGAAAGACGUACAG